AAUACCGCAUUGGUUUUUCCCCCACCGGAGGGGGCCAGAAUAAGAACUCGUAAUGAGUUGGGGAAUAAAUCACCGUGUUUAGAUUUCAUGUUGUUAUAACUUUGAGGUAGAUCAAAAUUACGAACGGAAAUUUUUUUUUCUUGCGGGGUAAACUUCAUUCUUUUUACUAUAAAUACGAACGUCUUUAACUUGCCCAGGUCAAAAGAUGUCUACACGUCAAGUGACUAAGAACAAUAGAGGAGGUUCGCUUUUGAACAGCCUUAUAAAUAAUUUAUCAACAGAAAUUCAUAUUCCAGGGUAUCAGUUUGCUGGACCGGGCACCAAGUUAGCGAAACGCCUUGCACUCGGGCAAACCGGAAUAAAUAAAUUAGACUCUUUGUGCUUAAAACACGAUAUAGCCUAUGAUGGUGAUAAAAACUUAGAAAAACGUCGUGUUGCUGACAAGAUAUUAGAAGACGCUUCUUGGGAACUGGUAAAGUCUAAAGACACCGGGAUAAAGGAAGAAGCAGCUUCGUGGUUAGUUUGUAACGCUAUGAAAGUCAAAUGUAAACUAGGUAUGGGGUGUAGUUUUAAAGAUUUAGUGAAAGCUGCUAAAAAAAACUAUUAAAUCGAGCAAUGAAACUGAUAUUCAUAAGUUAACGAAACUUGCUGUAGCAGCUGCAAAAAGAGUAUUACCAAAAUCAAAAAGAAAAAAAAUUAAUACACCGAGAAUUUUAAACGUUCCUCAAAAAGGAGGAUUUAUUCAGCUUAUACCUUUAUUUGCGGGGCUUUCAGCUUUAGGUAGUUUAGCAUCAGGAGCGACUAGCAUUGUUAAAACUAUUAAAGAAAUGAAUUCGACUAAAAACACCCCCAUACAUUUAGGAAAUGGAUUAUUCCUCUCACCUAUAGCCCGGGAAAAUAUAAAUUAGGAGAAGGGGUAUAUCUUCGUCACAAAAAUAAGGAUAAAGGUAUUUACUUAAGAUCUACCGGUAAAGGAAUAACAAAUCGAAAAGAAAACCGAAAACCAAUAAAAAGUCAAAAAACUGUUAGCGCAGCUACCUAAAAGAGCGCUUUACGAUUAUGAAUUAACAAAGUACGCCAACCAGUUGAAUAUACCUCAGUAUAGAGGUACAUUUUCAAGAGAUCGGUUGCCUGUGCAUAGUAAUAAAAUCGAAUCGUUUAUUGUUAAUUUAGACUCGUAUAAAAAUCGUGGAACUCACUGGGUAGCUAUAAAAAAAUAUUUUAAAAAAGCAUACUACUAUGAUAGUUUUGGUGUGGAACCUCCUCUAGAAAUUUUAAAAUAUUUAAAAGAUUGUGAAAUAAUAUAUAAUAUUGAACAACAGCAAAAGUUUGACACAUACAUUUGUGGUCAGCUUUGUUUAAAAUUCCUAUCUGAACCAUGGUUACCAUAACACUUAAUGGUAAUUCUUCUGAAUUAACAUGCGAUUUAUUUCCUCCAUUGGAAGUAGAAAGUAACAGUGAAAUAGCUUUGAUUAGUUUUCAAAGUAAUAAUUCAAUACCGAAUAUUACCCCCUCUAAUAACAGUAUUGCAAUACUACGCCCGGGAGAAGGAAAAAAUAUAAUCUAUGAUUAUAUAGAAAUACCUACGGGGUGCUAUGAAAUAAAUACUAUUGAAACUUAUAUAAAAAAUAAUUUAUCAAAUGAAGUUGAGUUUUUUGAAUUGAAACCAAACCUUACUACUUUAAAAUGUGAACUGAAGUGCAGCCAUGCCAUAGACUUCAAUAUAUCAAACAGCAUAGGACCUAUGCUCGGAUUUAUAAGUAAACAAUAUUAUAGAGCUAAUGUGAUGCAUGAAUCAGAACAAAUUAUUAAAAUAACGAGUAUUAACUGUAUAAAUGUAUCAUGUAACUUGAUUACAUCGUCAUUUGUAAACGGGACAUUGAGUCAUAAUAUUCAUCAGUUCUACCCUCUUGUAAAUCCAGGUUAUAAAAUUACUGAAGUACCUAGACACUUGGUUUAUUAUCUUAUAUUUUUAUAACUCACGUUAAACUUCAAAUAACCGAUCAAAACGGAAACUUGAUCGAUUUUAGAGGCGAGCCAAUCACAAUUCGUUUACAUAUCGUUCAUAAAAAAAAUGGCUCUUAAAUUUUCUAGUAUAAAUAAGAGUGUUUCCAGUUGUAGUAAGUCUAUUAAAACUCAGAAACGAAAGAAGAACAACAUAGUGAGUAAAAAAAAAUAUUCUACACAGAAAACUAAAAAGAUUAAACAAAAAAAGUUAUCAAAAUCAAAUAUCAAGUUUUUAAGAAGCGUUGGAGCAGUACUAUAACAUGAAUGAUAAUAUGUCACUAGACGUUACGGCCGAAUGUGUGGAUGAGUGUACAAUUAUUCAAUAUGAAUUCCACUCCUUUUUGCCGUUUUCCACAUCGGCGUUAUGUAAUAAUGAUGAAAUUAGAAUUUCGAUUCAAAAUUCAGAAGGUUAUUCAAUUCCAAGUGAAAGUUUUUUAUAUAUUGAGGGGAAACUAGAACGACCUAAAGAUGUAAAGGGUGAUAUUAGAUUUAUUAAUAACGGAUUUAGUUAUUUAUUUUCUGAACUUAGUUACCAUAUAAACGGUGUUUUGGUGCAGAAACUAAGGAACCCUGGUGUUGCUACAACUUUGAAAGGUCUGUGUUCUUAUACUACAUCUGAAAUAAAUGCGCUUAACGCUAUCGGGUUUGAUGGCUCUACAUUUACCAAUACUAAUUUUAUGAGUAAUGACUAUUUCUCAGUGUGUAUACCGCUAAGACAUUUAUUUGGUUUUUGCGAAGAUUAUAAGCGUAUACUUAUGAAUUGCUCACAACAAUUAAUACUUAAUAGAGCAUCAAAUGAUAUGGAUGCGUUA